GGUGAACACACCAUUUCUAGUUGGAGUCGCCACUAUAGUGUUUGUUUUUUGAUCAUGUGCGUAUCAAACUUAACCUAAUCUCGUUAUGACAACCUCCUAGAUUAAAAUUUAUCACACAAAUGAACCAUCUGUUGCCUCUGUUCUUUAACCCAUACAUACACACUGUUAUAAAUACUUUUAUUUAUCGGACUCCUAUACGUUUAAAAAUUUUUUUUUGAUGAAUUAAUAGGAAUAUCAUAAAAGCAGAAGAAAAACGCCAAUAAUUACAUACUCUAGUCUCUUAAAUCUUGGGGGAGAUUUAAUUCAUUCUUUUUUUUUUUUGAUUUGGUUUUCCUGUAUUUAUACAGAAAAAAAAAUGUCCUUUAAUGUGAAAAAACCGCGUCGUCAGCGUACCAAAAAAUCGUGCCUUAAUUGCCGACUUAAAAAACUGAAAUGUGAUCGUUGCUUACCGUGUUCACGUUGCAAGGAACGACAUGUGGAGGAUCGUUGCUUUUAUGAAACGCCCUCUGAUACCAGGCUUGUAACUAACAUUCGUCCUUUACAACCUGCAGAGGAGACACAUGACACAGAGGCGGAUUUGCUGACUGGUGAAAAAUUUCACUGUUACAAACCUAUUGUCUUGCUUCAAAUGGCCGAAGAUAGUCGUGCUAUGCCGAGGCUCUUCUUUGAUUACUUUUUUCCAAAGGUAUCAUCGACGAGCCUCAAUAAUCCUAAUGAUUAUUUUAAUUUACUUCCACCGCUAACUGUGUCGGAACUUAUAUUUGAUCUUUACAUUGAAAGGUUCGAUACAGUAUUUCCUAUCAUCGAUAGAAAAGUUAUAAGGGAAGACAUGCACAGACUGGUUAGUGCCUCCAGUUUUCCCCACCCCGGCCGACUAAAGCUCAUUUUGAUGCUUUUCCACUACUCAUUAACGAUAACGGAUUUGCCCGAGGCAAUAGAAAAAUACUUUGCGGAAACCAAUGAUUCGGCCAAAUCACUGUCGAGCCGAAUAAAGCAAAAAAUGGAAGAACUUGAAGACUUUCGGGUGCAUACUCGUCAUCUCCCUGAUGUCUACUACCUCGAAGCCUCUGUUGUCCAAACCUAUUAUUCUUUUUUAACGCAACCUCCGCAGCAACUGAACUUGGACUUAUGCAGUACAAUACAUUAUGCAACGUCCAUCAAAGGACUCACAAACAUGAAAAACCAACCUACAGUACAACGGCGUUACAAACAAUUAUGGACGACGCUAUGUCAGCUUGAUGCCAUGGUUGCUGUUCUUCGUUCGAACAACCCAUGGGUGCAACACGAGUGGGAUGGUCAGCUUAUUCCUAAGCUUGAGGAUACGUUGGCGGAUGAGAAAGAAUGGAGAUAUCAAAAGCUCUUAGGACAAAUUCUAGAAUUUGGACUGCAAGUUCAAAAAGACCAUCUUUCUUUGUCAGUAGAGAAAUUCACGAACAAAAACGAAGAUUUCAACGUGGGUAUUACUCAAUUUAGCCUACAAGUUGAGAACUGUUUGAACAUGACUUCAAACCGCGCCGAAAGUUUUCGUUUUGAAAUAUUUAAGCUUCUGCUUUUUCGGAUUAAAACGAAUAUAUAUCGGUACUAUCCGUUUACGGAUGAUGCAGAAAACGGAAAGUAUGAAUAUCAAUUCCAAUUGCUGGGGAGCAGCUCAAUGCGGAAAAUAGAGCAUACUAUUUCUAUUUUCGAUGAAUCUAAAAGCUUUUGCUGGAUGAGACAGGUCAGUAUUCAAGGUUUAGAGUCUUUCAGUUCUAUGCCGAUUUGCAUAAAACACAACUUCUAUUACCAAGACGAUCUCACCAGUCACAUAUCUUUUUUUCUUCAACAGCGUGAUUUGUUGAACAUAGAUUCAAAGAUCUGUGAUUUAUUAGGUGAGUUUCUACGAUUUUUAAAGUCACUUCAAAACGAUGAAGAAUAUGAGAGUCUACAACAAAUUACUCGUGCCGGGGAUUCGGCAGCAUUUGAUUUGCUAAACACAUGGUUGUUUUAAAGACCACUGUUUCUUAUUAGGAUCAUUCAUUGGAAAAAUCAACAUCGAACAUGUUGUGCAACGACCACAAAAUUCUUAUGUUUGUUAAAUAAUUAUUGUCGAUUAAUGAAACUAGCAUUUACAUAAACUUCUUGUUACUUUUCACUUGCUAACCAUUUU